GUUUUUCAGAUAGCUUGAUUCAUGGGUCGUUCAAAAUCAAGAAGUGUAUCUUCUUCUCCUGAGAGAUACCAGUAUGAGAACUGCAUGUUUGAUCCAGUAUCCAAAGGAUUCCGAAUCCAUUUAGCAGAUCUUCCUGACAACCCGGACGAAGAGGAACUUCAAAGCGAGUUCUCGAGGUAUGGACCCUUGACGGAGAAGCCAUGGGUUGCCAGAGCCAGUCCCUGUUUUGGAUUUGUGGUAUUCAAACACAAGGAUGACGCAUGGGAUGCAUGUCGUAAAAUGGACAAUAAACUAGUAUGUGGCGCUCGUAUCCGCACAUCGUUUGCCCUGCCUCGCAACCAAGGCCGAGCAGCAGGCGGUCCGGGUGUGCCCAGGUGCUACCAGUGUGGCAGAUUUGGACACUAUUCCAGAGAGUGUAAGCCCAAGGUCACCAGGGCUGUCAGAGACGACUCGAGUUCUUCAGAAGAAGAAAGGUCACCUUCUCGAACUCCAGAGAGAGAAAAAAGAAAACGAAGCUACGACAAGGGAUCCAGGUCCCGGUCUCGCUCCAGACGCGGCAGCACCAGAUCAAGGUCACGCAGUCGGAACGAAGGAGGCAGCGGAGGAAAGGGAAGUCGGAGGUACAGGGAGCCGAGUAGAUCGAGGAGUAGAAGUGGUGGGAGGGGAGGCGGAGGAGGGAAGUAUCCACGGAAUGGCGGAGGAUCAGCAAGUGAAUUGAAAGAAUACAGCAGAGGAUAUGGAUACAGAAGCCGGAGUAGGAGCGGCGACAGAGGUGGGGCGCGAGAUUACAAAGACGCGCCCCCGAAGAAGCAAGAAUAUCGGGAACCUCCUAGAAAACAGGAGUAUCGAGAUGAACCUCCUAGAAAACAGGAGUAUCGAGAUGAACCUCCUAGAAAACAGGAGUAUCGAGAUGAACCGCCCAGAAAACAGGAAUAUCGAGAUGAGCAGCCGCGGAGAGAGUAUCGAGACGACCCAAAGAGAAGAGAUGAAUACCGAAAUGAGCCCAAAAGGCGUGACGACAAUCAGGGUUAUCGCGAGGAACCGAGAAGACGAGGUGAUAACGAGUCGUUUAGAGACGAACCGAGACGUCGAGGAGGGGAUCAUGAAUCGUAUCGCGAAGAGCCGACAAGACGCCGAGAAAGCAAGCGAAAUUAUAGUCCAAGAUAAACUGGAAAAGUAUCCAGGUCAGACCAACUUAACCGCAGUACAAAACUGAAGAAAAAAACUAUUUCGGAAAUUGUUUUGAUGCUAUCUUUUGCUUAUCUUUUUGAGCCUAUUUUUGUGUCCGUAAUUUAAUCAGCACUACUAGCUUUUUCUAUUGAUAAUCUCAAUUAUCUUCUGCAGAAAAGUCUUCAAAUUUGAUCACGCUUGAUUUUUUUUGUUGUUUG